AUGAUUGUUUCAUUCCAAAAGACCACAGCCACAGUAGGUCGACUUGUUGGCUUGUGCAAGCCCAAAAAGUUUUUUUUGCCCUAUCAGGCCUUUACGAGAGGGAAAAUUAGCCUUUCUGUGGGCCACGCCCAAGAUUUAGUGCGACAGACCGUCCUUUUCGUGAUGUCGGACGAGAGUUCCAGCCAUACAGCCCGUAGCCCACUCUCCAGGCCUCGUACCCUCGUUCUGUGCUUCGAUGGCACCUCGAGUGAAUACGACGGCGAUAAUACAAACGUCGUCAAGUUCUUUUCGUUGUUAAAGAAGGAUAACUGCGAUGAGCAGCUAUGUUAUUAUCAGGCAGGAAUUGGUACUUACUUCGACCCUGGUGUCGUGUCGCCACUUUUACGGUUGGGAGCGACGCUAUUGGAUGAGGCUUUCGCUUGGUAUCUCUCAGCACAUGUAGUGGAGGGUUAUAGAUUUAUCAUGCAGAACUACAAGCCCCGUGAUAAGAUUUGUAUGUUCGGAUUCUCUCGAGGAGCUUAUACUGCACGCGCACUUGGGGGGAUGUUGUUCAAAAUCGGUCUACUCCCUCGAGACAAUUAUGAACAAAUCCCCUUCGCAUAUAAGCUGUACAAGAGAACGGACAAGGAGGGCGUCGAAUUAGCGGCGGGAUUCAAAGAUACUUAUUGUACAACGGUCACUGUGGAAUUCAUAGGUGUUUGGGACACAGUUUCCUCUGUCGGUUUCAUCACGAACAGAACCCUCCCUUUCACGAACUCGAACUCGUCCGUCAAGACAUUUCGCCAUGCCCUAUCGCUUGAUGAGCGACAGGCGAAGUUCAGGGCAAAUCUCUACCAUCGACCAACCGCUUCCGACAACGUAAGCGUCGCACGCAAGAUACUUGAUCGCGUUAUUGGCAUAUUCUGCAGAAGUGGAAGACCUCCGGGGGCGAUGGACCCUGAAUGUUCCUCUGAAAGUCCAAGUACAGAUGUGCUUGAAGUCUGGUUCGCUGGUUGGCAUGGCGAUGUCGGUGGUGGAGCGGUGUCGAACAGCGAACCCCAUUCUCUCGGAGACAUUUCCCUCAGGUGGAUGGUACGUCAAGUCAUGUUAGCCCAAUGUGGGAUUCUAUUCAGAGACGAGGCGUUAACGAGGUUGUGGGAUAUCCCUACCGCUUCACUACCCGUUCCUACCAAAGCGAACGAAUCAUCUUUGGAACGAGACAGGCAGGACGCUGUAAUGCCCCUGCAUGAUGAGUUGAAAUUUGAGUUGAAAGCGAGUCAUAUCCUAUGGUGGAUUUUGGAGGUUAUCCCAAUGCAUUAUUCGUGGCAGGAUGCGAGAGAUGUUUGGCAUACGACGUUUAGAGCCAAUUUGGGUAAAGGAAGAUUCAGGACGAACAUCCCAUAUUUCAUGCGACUGUUCUGCAAAGGAUGA